AUGCCGCGUCGAGCACCUGUACCAACAGUCAAGCUGGAAGCCCCAACUGUCUCACGGCCCCAAACAACCCAUGCCCAAAGAAUGGAGUACCGCAUAGGAAGAGGAGAGAUGGGCGUCUUGACAUUCGAGCCUUACAAAUCCUACCUGCUUCCACUAUGGCGCUUCAGAACACCAGAGAUCGCACGGCAAUCCUCGGCCCUGUUACGAAACGAGUUUGAGCAAUUCGGAGAAGAGGGAGACUUUGUUGGCAUGGACAUGACGCGCAAGUUCAUUCAAAUGGGCUUCACACGCGCGAAACGAUACGCCAAUCACAAAGGUGGGAGAAAAUACGACAAAGAUCACGAGGUUCUUCCCAACAGCGAAACUCACCCGGACAAAGCGGAAAAGGAAGAGUCCAGUCGGAUUUUCAAGGAUAUAUUGGAAGAGAUCAAGCAAGAUGAAACGUACUUGAGACUCAAAGAGCAGUUUCAGACAGAGCUCAAGGAGUUUAAGAAGCAGAGUUCAUGA